ACCCACCCUCUUUCUUCCUCGCUGUGUUGACUUGCAAUGACAAGCCUGAGGAAAUGCUGCUGAAUGUUAAUGUUUGACGAGAAGGAAGACAAUACUGGCAGCUACUGCUUCGGAUUUUUGUUAAAAAAAGGGUCGAGAGGUUCACACAGCUGAGGAAUAAAGAAUCGAACACGAUGGAGGUGCUGGUGCUGUUUGACUUCAAGGGCACCAUGGAAGACGAGCUCACGGUGCAGACGGGCGAUGUGUUGAAAAAGGUCACCCAGGCCAGCGAGGAAGGCUGGCUGGCGGGCGAGCUAAAUGGGAAGCGUGGCAUCUUUCCAGCCAGCUUUGUGAAGGAGGUGCCAGUUUCUUUGAGAGGGAACAGCAAGAGGGUACCGCGAAGCGUUCGAUCAACAAAGAAAAUGAUGAAACAAGCGAGGACGUGUAGGGUGGCGUACGCCUAUGACCCCAUAAACGAAGACGAGCUGCAGUUGGUGGUCGGGGAGACUAUAGAUAUCAUAAGCACGAUCGAAGAUGGAUGGUGGAUGGGGAUUAAGAACGGCAAAGUGGGUGUGUUCCCGUCCAACUUUGUACAAGAAAUCUUUGUCAGCCAAAAAGAUGGAAAACACAAUGACAUCAAGACCAGACCAAAACUCAGUGAUGCUACUUUCAGUAAAGAGAAGGCAUCUCAAAAAGCAUCCGUACGCAGUAAAGCAAAACGCGUGGUGGAGUGUUGCCAUGUCAUGUUUGACUACGAGGCCAGAGCUGAAGACGAGCUGGAUCUCAAGACUGGAGAGAACGUCGUCAUACUGAGAAAGGAAACAGAAGAUGAAGGCUGGUGGGAGGGCGAGUUGAACGGACGCUGUGGAUUCUUCCCUGACAACUUCGUCAUGGUGAUACCACCAAUGGACAGUGAGGCUGGCAACACGAGCCUACCACCUGCACGAAGCAUCAAAAAGGAAGUCGCAGCACCAAAAGAAGGUCCGGCCAUGGACAAAGGAGUCCCAACCAAGGCAAAAGAUGACAAAAACGAGCUUAAGGACUUGAGAAGCCAUCCUCCGGCCAAAGUCAAGCUUCCGAGCAUCAAAAAACUCAGCCCACCUGCAACCAAAGACAAACCUGCGAAGCUUUCACCAAAAGCCAACGGUGAUGCGGGGCCUAAGUCACCAAGAACCCCGGUGAAGAAAAACGCCAACCAUUUUGACGACGUUGACAUGGACAGCGACAAGCUGAACCAUCCCACGGCGACCCGGGCCAAACCCCCCCAGAGGAGACCCCCGUCAGGCGGGGCAACCGGACCACAAACGCAGACAGAGUCUCAACCAGAGUCGACCAAAAAAGUCCAGAAUGAAAAACUUCCCGGCUUGCAAAAGGGUGCAGAGCAACUCAAGCCAACGAAGCCUGAAUGCCCGCCCAAGUCGCCGGCCCCAGUUCGACCAUCGCCUCCCCGUGUGGUGACGGACAGUCGAAAGGUGGCCCACAAACAAGAGGGCACACUGGAAAUCCUCCAGGCUGACAUCAAGGACCUGCGGAAAGCGCUAGAGCUUCUACAGGCGCAACAUGUACGUGACAUAGAGCAAGUGAAAGAAGAACUGAAGGAAGAGAGAAACAAACGACUGGCACUGCAGGAAGAAGUGCACGUGUUGGGAGGGAAACACUAGAACUGCAACAUUGAAACAAGCUCUUAUUCUGCUGGCACAAAGACAAGGGCUUACAUUUAAAAAGGACUUCUAAGAAUUAAAAAUGUAUAUGUUGUGAAUGCUGGAAAAGGACGGAUUACUAUUUUUUAUAUUUAUCUGUCGUGUUUAACAUUUAGUCUUCUGAAUGUCUCAGCAGAAUAUUAUGUAUCAUAUGUAAAGAUAGUGUCAUGUCUGUUGAUCAAGGGUUUGAUCAAUUAACAGCUGAUAAUGUUUAUUCUAUGCAAGACUGUUGUACUAUUAAAAUCCACCUGGGGGCGCCAUGUUGCUAUUAAA